ACACCCACUUCAAAUCGCAGCAGAAAACGUCAACACAAAAGCACUUCUGAGUUCCGAUUCUAUGGAAUUAGUCAAGUUUAUUGUAAAAAUAACAUAAUUUCGUCUCAUAUUGUUCAUUAAAAAAAGCGGUUAAUAUCGAUUGAAAAAAAAUUCGAGUUAAAGUUGUCCCCAACCCCAACGGCGGCACCCCGGCGAGUGUGUCAUCUUCCUGUUUCGAUUUCGAGCAUGAGUUGCAGAAGAAAAACAGAAAAAUCGAUUGUGUACUUUUCCUGUGCAAAACGCAAUUACAAACAAAACAUUCGGUAUUAAAACCAGUGCAGUAGCUAAUCGUUAUCACUUUCGCCAAGCGGAAAUUGAUAGUGAUGUAUUAUAGUGUAGUUUUGCUGUGCCAGUAAAACGUAAUUGAACAACGUCGUACAAGUUUUUGUUCUCUCAGCAAAAUAUACUGAAAUUUAAUCCCGCAGCAAUGGAUGUCAAAAAGCCCAUCCUACACAUUUUUGUCGUGGGAUUUCAUCACAAAAAGGGUUGUCAGGUUGAAUUUUCGUACCCACCAUUGAUAGCCGGAUCCGAGGGCAAACAGGAAUGUCCAUCCGGUUGGAAGUAUUUGCCGACGCUAGCGCUGCCUGAUGGUUCCCAUAACUUCAACAAAGAUUUCGUUUGUUUCAACUUGCCCAGCCUGGUCGAUCCACAUGAGUCCAUCUACGGCAUCAGCUGCUACAGACAGAUACCCGUUGAGGAGUUGAAAAUACGUACGGCCGAUGUAACGCGAAGUACUGUUCAGAAAGCGGUGUGCGCUCUGCUGGCCAUCCCGAUCUACGGUUACGUGGAGGUCAAAUUGUCGCUCAUAGCCCAUGCGUUCUUCGAGCAGGGCGAUUUUUCCUGCACCGAUAUUCUGGUCAAGGCGUACGAACAGCUCAAUGCAUGUCUAAUGGCUUCGUUAUCGCUUCCGGUCGAAUGUGCGCUGGAACCGGAACUGCUUAGCUCGAUUACAAUGACUCCCUCGCGGUUACAUUUCGUUGGCCUACCGCUGAGAGAUUUGGUUCUGAAGUGGCGCCACAAGCUGCUUAUGCUGUUCAAACUGAUCCUGCUGCAGAAAAGACUAGUUUGCUUCGGCUCCCCAGUCCAACCGAUAUGUUCGCUAAUCCUCGGAGUCGUUUCGCUACAUCCGGAACUGCUGACCAAAGCUUUCCAGGAGGUGGCCUGUGUUAAAACAUCGCGUCCCAUGUCCCCAAUGCCCAACUUCGGGACACCUCAAGAAGAAAAGAAAAGCUUCUCAUCUGGUCCAAGUUCUCCUGUGAAAGAAAACGUUGCAGUUGAAAAAAUAGAAACGAUCAAACCUUCCCCGGAUUUGCAGAUCACUCCCGUUUCGGAUCAGGAUGCGUCGUUCCAGAAAGAUGCGGACACGGUAAGUAUGGGAAGCACCAAAGAAGCCACAUCCAGUUGUGAAGAGGCCGAAGAAUCAACAACAAGCGAUGGCUAUCGAAAUGCGGGUGCAGAAUCGCAACAACGACCUACUUUGGCCCGGGAAACUAGCAUGGACACGAUUGCAUCGAAUUUUGCGAGCUUAUGCGCCGUCAAAUCGGAAGAUUGGGUAGCUCCGCUGAGGGUGUUUCAUGAGGGCAAUCUCUGUCUACCGUACAUUUCGCUGCCAUACAUGGAUCUGCUAUCGGACCCGGCUGUAAAGGGUUAUAUUAUUGGUGCAUCGAAUGUAUUAUUCCAGCAGAAGCGGCAGCUGGCAGACGUUAUGAUCCACGUCGAGUCGGCCGUGAUCGAUAUUUUUGACUUGGAGUUGAAACGAGCGGCAUCUUUGAGUACCGAGGAUCUGCGUUUUGCCGAUUUUAUUAUUCGGAAUGUUCAAAAUCCGAAAGAAGAUGCCGAAGGUAGCGAGGUGUGGAUUCGAGAACAGUUCUACGGUUAUAUGGUGGCAUUGCUUAAGUCAUCCACGUGUCCAGAGGGCAGUAGAGAGUUGGAACAUUUCAACGUUAGUUUUAUGACGGCAUUUAAAGGAACCCAAUGUUACCAAGAUUGGCUGACCCGUGGUGGAGAGACAGUUGCCCAGAAUUUCGAAGCUCUAGCUGUUGGGCAUCCCUUUGCCGGAAACCUUUCGGUUGCGGAUAUGAAACUUCGAAUUGCACAAACCAUGCAGAACAGCGAAAGCGGGCGCAAACUGAAUCAGGCUGUCAAUAGUACUAGUCGGGUGGUGGGUGGUGCUUUAACGACGGCAAAAGGCGCAUUCUCAACGUGGUGGACGUCGAUAACUGCUGUCGUGCCACAAGUUCCGGCAGGACCGGCGCAGGACCCAAACCUUGCACAAGAUGGUAACAAUGAUGCUCAAAGUAAGAACGCCAGCAGUGGUCAUUAUUCGGACACGGAGAGUGACUCGAACGACGGUGAUCCCGAUGAUGAUGAUCUGCUGGACGACAGCAGCAGCUACAGCGAUCAAAGUCAAAGCGACGGUAAUCGGAAGGUCGAUUCCGAACGAAUUGAAACGGCAGAAGUCACCAGCGAAAAGACCAACAAUAUAAUCGAAAUCGGAAAGGAGGCUGAAAUGCUAAACCGGACACCCAAAAUAUUCAAUGUCUAAUCUGGAUCCGAUCGCGCCCCACCUUUUGAUUGCCUAUUAUUCAGUAGUGAAUUUGUCCUUGUUCUCAUAAGUAACCGAUAAACUCAGUAUAAUUCCACACGAGAGACUACAUUUUGGAUGCUUGUUAUCUUGUUGAAGUGUCGACCCACUGAAAACAAAGUGUUUCUCAUCCAGCGUAACCAUAAGAUAGUACUUACUAAAAAAAUAACUCUCUCAAUAUAAAGUUUAGCAAAUGAUUACGACAUUGUUGUUGGUAUAGCCGUAAAGAAUAGUGACCAUUAACCGCUGAUUCAAUUUGAUUCAGUUUCAAGAGAAGUCAGUUUCUGAUCAGUGGUUAAUACGAGUUUCUUCCAUAAAACUCCUUCAAAAAGUGUAACUCUAGAUUUGACAAAAGAAAAAUACAGCAUGUCAUCCGCGCCUCGUUAAGAAAGUAAUGUCGUUCGUAAUAUUCAAUUAUGUUCCUUCAAAGUUUGACUAACUAUUGUAACCGAUUGAUUUCGUUAGUGUUGAACAUUAACUGAUUUGCAGAUUCUUUAUUUGUUUCCGUCAACCGAUAGAACCAAAUUAAAAAAUACAGAUUACAGCUGGACACAUCCCUUUAUACUCUGAAAUUUAUUUUUUAACAAAGCCCAUUAAUCGUAAAGCGGAAUUCUGGAAAUGGAGCGAAAGCAGAAACAAAAGUUGAGACUUGAGGAGAUAGCGUGUAUUUAGACUUAUAUUAUUUUUUCUGUGAACAAAACUAGAAUAGCCCUAUGAUGUAUGUACAUGUACCAUAACUGCAUUACUUUUCACGUAUUUUGAAAAGGAUAAAUAAAAA